AAUUUGGCAUUGAAAUGGCAAGCGUAAAGCCUCAAAUGAUCUCAAAGGUUCUCAUCAAGCCCUCCCUUCCUACCUCAGAACACUUGAAGACUUACAAUCUCUCUGUGUUAGAUCAGCUUUCCCCACAUUUCUACCUCCCUAUAGUUCUCUUCUACCCACCACCUGAUUCUGAUAAUUCAUCCAACAACACUACCGUAUCUUCUCAUCUCAAGAAAUCUCUAUCAGAAACCCUGACUCAUUACUACCCUUUUGCUGGAAGACUAGCCCCUAACAAGGACUCGAUUGAUUGUAAUGAUGAAGGACUCGAUUUCUACGAAGCCCGUAUAGAAUGCAAAAUCUCUGAUGUCCUGAAGAACCCUGACCCGGAGACCAUGGAUUUGUUCUCUCCACCUGGAAUGCUGUUCAAUGAAUCUUUCCAGGGAAGUCCCUUUAUUGUGCAAGUAACCUAUUUCAGCUGUGGAGGAACAGCAAUCAGCGUGUCCAUGCUACACAAGGUUACUGAUGCCUGUGCUUUGCUUGGAUUCAUCAAUGAUUGGGCUGCUCUAGCUAGUGGUUCUAUGGUCUCUCCCAUGUUCCUUACACAACAAGUGAUCUCACCGUAUAAGGGUGAAAUCACUGUCCCCGGAAUUAACCUUGACAAGAACAUUAAUGUUGUCACGAGGAGGUUUUCUUUUAAUCCUUCCAAGCUCUCUGACCUCAAGACUAUGGUAUCCGAUGAUUUGGGAAAAAUUCAUAGUCCUAGUAGGGUUGAAGUUGUGGCUGCACUGAUUUACAAGUGUGCUAUGGCUGCAUCAGAGGCAAAAUCAGGCAUGUCAAGGCCAUCAAUGUUAAUGCAGGCUGCAAAUAUGCGCCCCGAGUUGUCCCACCAUUGCCAGAUAAUUGUGCUGGAAAUUUUUCUUGGUUUUUCUCAAAAAGCAGCUCAAGGGUUUUCUGAGAAGUUUGGGAGUGGAUUAAGUGCUGAUAAUUGCUACUCACUUAUAUGUGAGUCCAUUGAAGGGGCAAGAAAAGUGAUGAGGCAAAAUCAGGGCGAAAUUGAGGUCUACAGAUGUAGCAGCUUGUGUAGAUAUCCGUUUAAUCUAGUCAACUUUGGUUGGGGAAGACCAAUAUGGGUGGGAACUAGCACUAGUCAGAUGAAAAAUACCUUUCAUUUGCUGGAUAACCCGAAAUCAGGAGGCAUAGAAGCUCUAGUGACACUGGAGGAAUCAAAUAUGUCCAUAUUUGAGAAGGAUGAAGAGCUGCUAAAGUUUGCUGCCCUAAAUUCAACUGCUAUCGAUAAUUGAUGAUUGAGUGCUAAAAUUAAGCCAGGAGUUUGAAGGUCUUAAUGUCGUUGCUUUUGUCUUGUUCCGUGUUUUGCUAUUGUACAAUUUGGGUGAAUGUUUGUUGGGAAGAUUCAUCAAAGCCACUACAACAGGUUAUUUGGAAAUAGCAGUCACCCCUUGUUACUUAAACAGAUAUCAAAUGAUGUUAGGCUA